CCUCCUCCGGCUGGCGAGAGCCUUUGGCGCCGCCUCCCCGGCUCCCUCCGCCGCGCAGACGGGCGCGAUGCCGGGCGCGAGCCUGACCCCGCAGGUGCACUGGGCGCAGCGGCACCGCGAGCUCUACCUGCGCGUGGAGCUCAGCAACGUGCAGAACCCUGAUAUUUCCAUUAUAGACAAUGUGCUCCAUUUUAAAGCUGAUGGCCAUGGUGCCAAGGGGGAUAACAUUUAUGCAUUCCAGAUUGAGUUCCUAGAAGCAGUAAAACCACAGCCGGUGUGGAAAGUGACCCAGAGGCAACUGACCAUCACUGUGAAAAAGGACGAGAGCCACUGGUGGGAACGGCUGACCAAGCAGGAGAAACGGCCGGUGUUUCUUGCUACUGAUUUUGAUCGGUGGCUGGACGAGUCGGACGCUGAGUUGGAACUGAAGGCCAAGGAAGAAGAACGGAUCAACAAAAUCAACAUAAAGAACAGAAUCCCCAAAGAUCCUUUCCGACACUUGAAGAGAGGAUAUUUGUUCAUGUACAAUCUUGUGCAGUUCCUGGGCUUUUCGUGGAUCUUUGUGAACAUGACAGUUCGGCUGUUCAUGCUGGGGAAAGACUCGUUCUCUGAUACUUUCCACAUGAGCGGGGACAUGAUGUACUUCUGCCAGAUGUUUACCUUCAUGGAGAUUGUAAAUGCCUUAAUAGGCCUCGUGAGAGCUCCCUUAACUACUGUUUGUUUCCAGAUCUUUGGGAGGAAUUUUGUAUUGUUCAUAGUUCUUGGAAGUGUGGAAGAAAUGCAAAGCAAAGCAGUCGUCUUCUUUAUCUUCUACAUUUGGAGCAUGGUUGAGAUCUUCAGGUAUCCAUACUACAUGCUUUCCUGCAUUGACAUAGAAUGGAAGAUUCUCACCUGGCUUCGCUACAGUGUAUGGAUGCCUCUCUAUCCUUUGGGGAUCUUAGCAGAAGCUGUGGCUGUGAUCCAGGCAAUUCCUAUCUUCAACAGCACUGGAAGAUUCAGCUUCACCCUGCAUUACCCGCUGAACAUCACCAUCCCGUUUUCAGUUUUUCUUCAGCUCCAUCUUGUCUUCUUAUUUCUAGCACCGUUUAUCCUUUUCCGCCACCUGUACAAGCAACGGAAGCGGCACCUCGCGCCCAAAAAGAGGAAAAUGCAUUAAGCUGAGUUUCUUGUUCGAAUCUUCCUCGAAGAAGUGGGGAGGGAGGAGACUCAGGGCUCCUCCAAACCAUCUUCCUGGCCCUGUUAACCUGAAAACCAAUUUUGUGGUCCUGACGACACCCGUCUCUUCCUUGCCUGGCACCAGAAAAUAGAGCUGUCCAAGUAACAUUU